CAAGGGUUUGCUAGGAAUAACUCUUAUAACCAGCGGAGCUGGAUUUUUGAGUACUUUCUCCCCAAAUUAUACAUCUCUGAGUUUGUUCCUGUUGCUCAUAGAGGCACAAGGAUGGUUCUCCUCUCAAUGUUUGGAAUAGUUUUUGUGGCUGCACUUGCAUGGAUUGUCAUGCCAAGAUUGAGCUGGAGAUGGCUACUUGCAUUUUCCUCUAUACCAUCGAUUGCGAUGCUUUUCUUUUAUUCUCUAGUACCAGAGUCUCCAAGGUAUCUAUGCAUGAAAGGUAGAAUGAACGAUGCAAAUAAUAUUCUUGAGAAGAUAGCUCGGUUGAACCAAUCAAAACUCCCUCCUGGACAGCUUGUUCCUGGUAGUGCAAUGGGUCUGGAUGAAGAAUCUGAAGCAUGA